AUGUUGAUCAAGGGAGUCAAGUACGCCUGUGAAAGAUGUAUCAGGGGCCAUCGUGUUACUACUUGUAACCACACAAACGAGCCCUUGACUAUGAUCAAACCAAAAGGAAGACCAUCCACUCAAUGCCACCAUUGUCGUGAGAAUAGAAAAUCAAAGAACCUCCAUGUUUCUUGUACCUGUGGAAAAAAGGGUAAAAAUGGUACUCAUUUACCAUCUUGUGCUUGUCAUAAAACUAAUCAUUGCACUUGUUCAAAUAGCCAGUCAAAAAAAUCAAGCGCUAAAGGUGACAUCCAUCAUAUGACACCCUCCGAGAAGGCAAAGAAAAAGUCACUAAUAGACGCUGCAAAUGCUGAUUUAAAGAAGAAAUCUGAUUCCGAAUCUAUAACUCAGUCAAAUCCAAGUGAUUCAUCUCCUGGUAGUGUGACUUCUCCUGGUAAGAAACAACCAACCCCACAACUGCAGACAAAGGCGCCACUGAGUCUGCCUGACCAAUCUCUGAACACAACUGCAUAUAAUACACUUCUGAACCAGAAUUUCGUCAUAGAGGAUAUUGUUUUACCUUUCAAUACGAAUAAGAGUGGCUUGUUUGAUUUAUUUUCGUCAAAUCUACCUACCGAAGUUGGUGGUAAUGACUCCCUGGUAAGCUUAAACAAUUUAGCAAGCACCAGUUCAACCCCAAUUAAUGUUAAUGGUGGCACAUCUAGUGUGCCUCCAGCUAAUGGGAAAAUUAGUAAGAAAGACCCUCCUAUACCUUUGAGUCCUAGUGAAGCUGAUGUCGAUCAUAUGUUCCCAUUGUUUCCACUUGUUGGUACACAGAGUUUUGAUAAUGAAAACCAGCCACUACUGGCAGUCAAACAACCACAACAGCCAACACCAAUGAGACCAAAUUUUAAUUCUAUAAAUGAAAUUACUUCAAGUUCAUAUUCGUCAAUACCUUCUGCUAUGGAAAAUGCGUCUUCAUCCCAAUAUCAGCUGCGUCCGAAACGUCCUGAGAGUGUUUUGUCCAUAGCAUCAAAUUCGUCCACUCGAUCUUUUGAUUUUUUCGGAAACACCCACAACAAUCAUAAUUCAUCAUUUCUUAACGGAAGUUUGCCAACAUCGUCAACUUCUGCUGCCUAUCCACCUUCAAAUGGUCUUGAUGAAAGUAAUUUAACGAAUAAUUCACAAGAUGACCAUAGCAUGCAACAUCAUUUCGGUCGUAGUGGAUUGGGAUCAAAUAAGUUUGGAUCACAAUUGAGUAAAAUUGAAUCGGAAAUGUACACAGAUAAUUUCUUUGAUGAUCCAUAUGGAUCUCAACUUGAAAAUAACGAACCACCGGAGCUGUCGGUAUCUUCAUCUGUUAAUAAUUUAUAUAAUGUUCCAGAAGCAACAUACGGGAGUGGUACAUUCAAUCUGAUCAACGACUACAGUGUGCCAGUAAUGAAUGGUGAUUGUAAUGGCAAUAGUAAUAGUAAUGGUAAGAGCAUCAAUAAUGUCAUGACUAAUGAUGCUGACAAUAUUCUGAAUGGUAACUUUAGCAAUGACGUGUAUAACAACAAUAUGAAUAUGGCUGCAUUAGGUCUGUCAAAUCCUUUUGCGACUGGAUUGACACCAAACUUGUAUGAAGUACAAGAUAUCAUUAAUGAAUCACCAUUUGAUUACUUUAUACCAAACAAUCUACAGACAAAUAACAAUAAUAACCAAGAAAAUGGUAAAAAGGUAUAG